ACACGCACACACGCGCACACCCAUUAUAAAGACAGGAGCAUUCCUAUUCAUCUCACUUCUUUCCUGCAGGCCACAGAGGAAUCAGCUGCUGCGGUGUCAAAAUGGCAGAGAAAAAGAUGACAUUAAGCCGAAGGAAUUACCUCAAGAGCUUGCUGUUGCAGAUUGGUCAGACAAUGGUGGACGAGGCAGCUAAACAGGCCCAAGAGGAAAAGACCAUAUAUAUGGAGGAGAAUUGCCCAGUUCUCGCCCUCCCUGGCUGCAUGCAGGAGUUGCAGGAGCUCUGUCGGAAACUUCACAAGCAGAUCGAUCUGGUAGAUGAUGAAAGGUACGACAUGGAUAUGAAAGUGAAGAAGUCUGAAAAGGAGAUCAACGACCUGAAGUUAAUGAUUCAAGAUUUCAAUGGAAAGUUUAGGAAGCCAGCCCUGAAGAAGGUUCGGAUGUCAGCUGACGCCAUGUUAGCGGCCCUGCUGGGGUCCAAACACAAAGUGUCCAUGGACCUGAGGGGCAACCUAAAGCAAGUCAAGAAGGAGGCAAAGGAUGAGGAGAAACAGACUGGUGACUGGAGAAAGAAAAUCGAGGACAAAUCCGGGAUGGAUGGCAGAAAGAAAAUGUUUGAGACAGAGGCCUGAACCAGAGAGCUUUUAGAAUUAUUUUAGUGUUGACAUGUGUGACAUAAGUGUUUUAUAUGUAACCACAUUAUUCACAUUGUUGUGUAGAUCACACAUUCAAGGAAAUAUGUCAGGAAAAUGAUGAUCCAAGAUGGACAAAAACAACAAUCGAGACUAACCUGGUGAAAUAAAAGGAAAAAAAUGCAAUA